AUCCUUCAAAGGCGUUGGUUUACUUCCAAGCGUAAUGAUUCAGAAGUUUUCAUAGUCCACAUGGUUUGCCCCACGGUUCCCUCUGAGACGACUUCCGAAGUCUUCCCUUCAACUUCUUUAAUGCUCUAUAAGCACAAAUCCAUGUUCAUCGGUAGCUUCAACCUUCCCGUCCUGCUCCGAAGUUCCACAGUUCUUGCGAAUGUCUACCCCUUUAGAAUAUUAUCACUCACUCCCACCUGUGAGCAAGGUGUAUGGGGUGAGCUGUUUGAUGACCACUGCUGCUUACUAUCUCCAGCUUUAUGACCCUAAGAACAUAGCUCUGAUCUACAGUCUUGUAAUUAAAAAGUUUCAGAUUUGGAGGCUCAUUACCAACUUCUUCUUCCUCGGCCCGUUUUCGUUUCGGUUUGCUUUUCGUCUGAUAAUCAUAGCAAAAUAUGGUGUAUCAUUGGAGAGAGGUCCCUUUGAUAAAAGGACUGCAGACUAUGUGUGGAUGUUGAUUUUUGGAGCUCUUUCACUUCUGGUGAUGGCAGCCAUUCCAUAUUGUUGGACUCCAUUCAUGGGAAGUUCUUUGGUUUUCAUGAUUGUCUACAUCUGGAGUCGUGAGUUCCCAAAUGCUCGUAUCAACAUCUACGGUGUCGUUUCGUUGAAGGGAUUCUAUCUUCCUUGGGCAAUGCUGGCUUUAAAUCUAAUCUUUGGUGAUCUCUUGAUGCCAGACAUUUUGGGAAUGGUGGCAGGGCAUCUUUAUUAUUUUUUGACUGUUCUACAUCCUCUUGCUGGUGGGAAAUUCAACCUCAAAACCCCUUUCUUGAUUCACAAGCUAGUAGCAUACUGGGGUGAAGGGACACAAUUCAACUCUCCAGUACAACGUGACCCUUCUGCUGGCACUGCUUUUCGAGGAAGAAGUUACCAUCUUAAUUCUUCUCAAACGAACACCCGGGAGCGAACACAAACACGAAGACGCUCUUCUCCCUCUCCACCACCACCACCACCACCACAGCAAGGUUCUAAUCAGCCUUCUUUCAGUGGCAGAAGUUAUCGUCUUGGUAGCUAAGUCUUUCUCGAACCACAUUAUAUAUGAUAUUAUUAUCUUCUAGCUUUCCAAAGCUAAUUGUCAAGUAAACCGUAACAUGGUUUUAUGAAACAUCUUUAAGAACAUGGAGAAGUUUAGAAUCCAUGGUUUGUAAUGAAAUAUGUUUAUCUGAUAUGCAUAAUGAGAAGAGUUCAAAACUUUUAUCUA